AUGGCCAAACGAAAAGUCAGUUGUUUGCCUUGUCGAAUUAAAAAAGUGAAAUGUGAUGGAGAAAAGCCAUGCACUCGAUGUGAAGCUCGACAAACGGCAUGUAUCUAUCAGAAACCCGGCGCAGUAGGAAGACCACCUAAAAAUGCAGUUGUAAAUAAGCUCGUUUUGUCUCGAAUAGCAUCCAACAUCCAUGACAACAAAGAGGGACCCAAUUCCAAGACAUUUUGCCGAGAAUUCAUCUUUGAGAAUGUAACCAUGACGCCUGUACUGGCACCAGUACGAUACUUGCAUGACAAUACAGAGCAAGGGUUGGAUUUCUACAUCAACACACUGUUUUCCACCUAUUUCGCAAAGAACACCACACUGGAUCAGUUCAUUGAAGAACGGCGCAGCGAGAAUGCAGUAGUUCUCCAUCCUGAUUAUGCCAGUGUCAACACCAAGGUCAAGAUCUUUGAUUUAACCGAUUACUUUACUUGGAUGAGUGCUGACAUGGCUAGCAUUCUGAUGAAACGAGUGUCCAAACUCAAGCUGACAUACUACACUGAUUUGGAGUUCUCUCGAACAGCCUUGGCUUACGACCGUACAACCAGCUUCUUUGAGUCACCGUCCAGUGUUUCCCUGACGAUCAAUCCAUUAAACUCAUUGCCACCACAGCAAGCAGUACGGCUCAUCGAGUGCUUCUUUUGCAUACAUCCCUUUUCCAACUUGCUCAACAAGACGAUGCUUUUGCAAGCUUACUGGACCGACACAGCUGAUCCACUGCUACUCACUGUUGUGUAUGGUACCACCAUCUUCAAAUCUCAGUUACUGGACGGCAAACCGCUGGAAUUGUGGGAUGCACUGAACAAGAAGAAACGAAAUCCCUUCUUGGACUAUGCUCAUGUUCUUUUAUCCAAGGCAUCUGCAGAAACCACGCCCAGUAAAUAUCAAGCAAUUGUGUUGUUGGCUUUGUUCGAGGUCACGUUUGGGUUCCCAAAAAGAGGCAUGUCGCUAUUCGGCCUGUCGUACAUGCUGGCUGCUCGAUUAGGCUUGUUUGAUAAUUCAAUGCCUGCUGGUCUGAGCGACGUGGAGAAGGAGCUACUGCUGAACACGUUCUGGGCAGCAUUUGAAACUACUAUCAGAGGAUGCGUAGAGCUGGAGCAAAUUCCAAGAGCUGCAUUGGCCUAUCAUGAGCACCCUUAUCCGCCGCCCAACAUCAAACUGUCCAAAUCAUACCAGUACGACGUAGAAAACAACAACCCACGCCUAUUUAAAUGGUACUUUUAUCUGCUGGAAACAUUCUACAUCAAAUCAGUCAUAGCCCGAGUCAGCUGUAAGCUCAUUUUGCAGCUGCCACAUUCAUCUGAUCCAACACUGCCCAAAGCACCGUGGCAAGUGCUGAGUCGCUUCAGACCAGAGCUGUUCAAGCCGUACCCCAAGUUGCAGCCCAACGUUGAAGAGAGAAUCUCUCAAGUACUGGACGAAUUCCAGCAGUUCAAUGACGCCUGCAGAAAAGAUUGGUCACCUUUGCAAGCUUAUACCCUAGACCUCUUUUAUUUAUUUUAUAGAAUCAACAUGUAUUUCAUUCGAGAUUCAGUGAGGAAUCCAGACGGCAGGAAUCAUCCCUUCAGCCUGUAUCAACAGCACACACCGACAGAACUGGAUUUGACCAAUGUGGAUAACGUUUUGCGAGUCCACAAAGCGAUACCCGAAUCCAUUCAACUGCUGGCUCGCACCUACACUCACCUCAUCAACCCAGUCAACUACUAUGACCAGACGGAUUUCUUGCCUCGCGGUAUUAUCAUCUCUGCUGUGGAUUCAGCGGCUCAGGUCUUGAUGUAUGCCUAUCGACUGGAAGCGUCAGAUCAACUACGACAGCACAUUGAAAAGGCCGAGGCGAUUUUGAAUAUACCUAUUAUCUGGGGAGAUUGGGGUACCUGUGAACUGCUGAGAACAGUGAUCCACAACUUUUUGGAUGCCAAUCCAGUGUUACCAGAGAAAGACAAGACGGCGACAGGGAGAGAGGAGCCAUCGUUAUCGUCCAAUAGCAGUGUCAGCACGCAUGAGAAUGAUGCACCCUCAUUUGAUAAUGUGGAUCUAAAUGAUGACAGCACGGAUCUUAUUACAUCAUUCUUGCCACCCACAGCCAAUGUUUUUCCUGCUGACACGACACAACCACCAGCACCGCCUUCUACCUCCAAUUUUAUCAUGACUCCAUGGCUGACGGGACAAGAACCUUGGACGCAAGAUAUCAACCAGAUUUUAUCCAAUUCAGAUCUGCUCUCUGCACCGUUUGUGGAUCCAUUCCAGCCGCAAACGCAAGAGCAACUCCAGCCCCAACCUCAACCACAACCACAGCAAACACAUGAACAACAGCAGUUUGAAUUUGUCAGUGACCUUUUCGAUGGAUUAUUUUAA